AAAUUGGAUUGAAACCAUUGGAUUGCUCUGCUUAUUAUUUUGAGCAGGAUGCUGUAGAGGUGGCAGCUCAUCUGCUUUAUUGAGCAUUCCAAAGCUUGGGAGAAAGCCUACCCGAGAAUCAACCCAGCCCCCUCUUGAAUUGCGCAAUACAAGGUUUUUUGAGAAGAGUCAAGUACACACCGAAGGUCAUUAGCUUUGGUGGAACUACACAUCUUUUGCAUACUACGAAAUCUUCUCAAACCCAUCAAGGAAGGACCCUCCCGUCCCUUUUACUCACAUAUAUAUGUUGUAAAUAAUGAAGUCCUCCAACAGGGAGGACGUGAGAUAAGAAAUUCAGUGUCUACAUCGUACAACCAACAAUAACACAGUACUAUUAAAUAAAGGCUCUGUGUGUUUCUGGAAAGUAUAAUAAAUAUAAGCCAACAUGAUUGAUAGAGGGGGAGAGUGUGUGGGGGCGGGGAGGAGAGACGACCACUGACCGCCACUCUCGGUCGUUAAAUAUGGAAAUAGUAAUUGUCGUGCGCCUUGAACCUCGUCCAAGACUAGGUAACCGGUCUUUAGCAAGUUUCACAGGUUUGGUAUGUCUACCAAGGUCUCGAAUGCUUUCAAAGUCAAAGACGUCACUCUCUUGUCACAUGAUCAAGUUUAAAGUGUGUUUCCUUGUAGAGUAGAUGUAGCCUAGAUCGUGCAUUUGUUUGGGAGUUGGAGCGUCGUUGUAUACAUCCACAGCCUGAAGGAUCGUUCUCUUCCACCAUGAUUGGAUCCAUGGUUCUCCUCUUCCUAUGCCUGUUGUUCUUCUUCGUUCGCACCAGACGGCCGAAGCGCUUCCCCCCUGGGCCCCAGCCUCUGCCGAUAUUCGGGAAUCUGCUCCAGCUGUGCCUGGAGAAUCCUAUGAGAGAUCUGGAGAGGCUGAGACUUCGCUAUGGCAACGUGUUCAGUCUGUAUUUUGGAAGCCGGCCUGCGGUCAUUCUCAACGGCACCAAGACCAUAAGGGAGGCCCUGGUUACCAAGGGGACCGACUUUGCUGGGCGCCCAGAUGAGCUGCUUCUCAGCCACAUCACGCAGGGCAAAGGUGUUAUCAUGGCCAACCACGGCCCCAGCUGGAGGGACCACCGGCGCUUUGCUCUGAUGACCCUGAGGAACUUUGGCCUGGGCAAGCAGUCGAUGGAGGACCGGAUUCUGGGUGAAGUGGAACAUGUCGCAGCUGAGCUGGAGAAGAGCAACGGAAAGCCAAUGAACCCCCAGCUGCUGUUCCACCACGCGUCCUGUGACAUCAUCUGCUCCAUCAUGUAUGGGAAGCGCUAUGAGUACGACAACCACUUCUUCAGGGCCAUGAUCAAGAUGAUGGCCGACUGCUCCAAGAUCGCCAACGGGGCCUGGGGGAUGAUUUACGACAACCUUCCUCUGCUGAGAGGCCUCCCUCUGCCCUUCAAGAAAGUGAUGGACGAUUAUAGCUGUGUCAAACGUCACGUCAAAAGCAUCGUAGAGGAGCACAGGGCGACACGCAUUCCCAAACAGCCCAGAGAUGUCAUAGACAGUUACCUCGACCAGAUUGAAAAGAUGCCGAAGGGCAGUGUAUUUGACGAGGAGCAGUUGCUGGCGACCCUGUUGGAUCUCCUGUUUGCCGGAACCGACACCACCUCCAACACCAUCUGCUUUGCCGUGUUUUACCUGACGACCCACCCUGAAAUACAGGAGCGUUGCCAACGGGAGAUAGACCAAGUCUUUGAAGAGAAGGAAAUGGUCAGUUUUGAAGACAAAGAUAGGAUGCCCUUUAUGCAGGCAGUGAUUCAAGAGUCGCAGCGCUUUAGCAGCACUCUGCCUCUCAGCGUCUACCAUUCAACCACCAGGGACACCGAGCUGCAGGGCUAUCAGAUACCCAAGGGAACGCUGGUGAUCCAGAACCUGUCAUCGGUCCUGUAUGAAGAGGGACAGUGGAAGUUCCCCCACGAGUUCAACCCUGACAACUUCUUUAAUGAUCAGGGAGAGCUGCAGAAGCUGGAGGCGUUCAUGCCCUUCUCCGUUGGCCCCCGCAUGUGUCUGGGGGAGGGGCUGGCUCGGAUGGAGCUCUUCCUCGUCCUGGUGACGCUACUGAGGCGCUUCCAGUUCGUCUGGCCGGAAGGUGCGGGAGUGCCGGACUACACGCCGGUGUUCGGGGUCACCCAGGCCCCUAAAGCCUUCAGCAUGGUUGUCCUACCAAGAGAGAGUCAGAGGCACUGACGGAGGAGUGAGAGGAAUAGACAUUGAGGUUCAGGAAUCAGAAUACGAGAGAAUGUGAUGGAAAAUCGCACAUAUCCUCCUGACUGAUGAUUUGGUAACAGGUGGGCUUUGGAUGGAAUGUUCUUAAAAGCUUUCUUAGAAAAUUAAAUGGUCAGACAGACAGUAAAUAUGAAGCAAUUUGAAAGCAUGUUACUGCACAGUAUAUUGCAGAUACAGUAUGGUGGUAUUAUUGAUUGUAUGUUAACCCUAGGCUACAUUUUUGCACAUAUGUAGAUAUUUGGCAGUUCUCAUGAUUGAAAACUGCUGAGGUUUACACUAGCGGUCAGUAUACAAAACAUGAGCAACCCUUACAUUGUGUGUGUGUGUGUGUGUGUGUGUGUGUGUGUGUGUGUGUGUGUGUGUGUGUGUGUGUGUGUGUGUGUGUGUGUGUGUGUGUGUGUGUGUGUGUGCCACUUACCAUGAUGUCCUACAAGCAGGGACAUAGUGGUUCACACUAGAGGGAGGGCUGGAAAAAAGAUCUGUGCAAACUGCUUACUUUUGUCUGCAGCAGGUGAAGGCACAUGAAUUCCCCAGGUCCUCCGUUUUCUGGCAGCAGGUGCAACAUUUCCAGCUCUUCGUUUGCUUUGCAUUUGAAAUGUCUUCAGACUCUUCCAGUGUUUCUUUAUCCAGUCCGCAGCUCGGUUUAAUCCAUGUGUGUCUGAUAUUUUUGUAUAUUUUUGGAAACCUUUUCAUGCCUAUAAAAAAUACUAUGUCUUGAUAAAAAUAA